AUGGAUACUAGCCAUUGGGUACUGAAUUUGGCUAACGCAGCGUCGUUACUUUGGUAUGCUUACCGUUCGUUAGAAGUUCCCAUCAAUUGGGCAGGCUUCUAUGUCGUGGACCAGAAGACUGAAGGCGACUUGGUGUUGGGCCCAUUUCAAGGAAAGGUUGCCUGCCAAUCAAUUACGUUGGGUAAGGGUGUCUGUGGCGUCGCAGCGCUUACGAAGACAACCCAAUGCGUACCUGACGUGAGUAAAUUUCCAGGACACAUUGCCUGUGAUGGCGAAACUCAGAGUGAAAUAGUUGUUCCCAUCAUUAGCGGUAAUGACGUGGUAGCUGUGUUGGACAUCGACUGUUUGGCUAAGGACGCAUUUAACAAAGAAGAUGAAGAAAUGUUAGAAUCAUUGGCCCGUUUAAUAUCCCUGCUGAACAAGUGGCACCAUGCGUAG